AUGGCAGAAUCGGAACGCCCGCAGAUCUAUGAUCUGCUGAUUCUCACGGAUGCCACAGCUUCCAUGGGAACUUAUCUCAGUGCGCUGAGCGAGUCGUUACCGAAGAUCAUUUCCGUGUCUACCUUGACGGAUGCUUUUGCUCGCAUAGGCGUCAUCGCAUACCGAGACUACUGUGGUGGGGAGUUGGUGGAAUGGUCUGGCUGGUAUGGUCGGGACGGCGACGUUGACCGAGAUGAACUUCUGGCCUUCACGCGAAGACUGCAUCCUCUCUACGGCGGCGAUUGGCCAGAGGCCACGAAGACAGGCCUGGCUAAGGCCUAUUCCGUUAUGCGAGCGGAGGCCAAGACUCUGAUUCUACUCUACACCGACGCACCACCACACAUGGCAUGGGACAACGGCAAGAACCGCAGGCAAGAAACGAAGUACUUGAAACAGGACUGCCGAUUGGGCCCCUCUGGAAGUCUCUUCUCAGACUGGGUGUCGGCAGCGAAGACUCUGGCGGGCCAGAGUCAACAGCUCAAGGAGAAGAAGGAAGCGCAGGUUUUCUCCAUUAUCCAAAGCCACCUGGUAGAUACAAUAGGGCCAUACUUGUACAUGGCUCACCAGACACGAGGCUCGUGCUUCAAAAUCGACCAUGCCGACUCCAAUCUGAUAUCGGAGCUUUCCAUGUCUUUAUUGCUGGCAUGGAUGGGUGUCAAUAAGGCUGGAGCCGCAAGAGCACUACAGGCCACUGAUCUAACCUAUCUCGAUGCUGAUACCAUCGAUGAUCUGAAAAGCGAAGGAGAUGCAAAAGUAGAGCAGCUCUUCUUACGAGCUGAUGACAAGGACAAAGAAGCUCUGCUCAAGUCCAACAUACGGUAUAACCGGCUGGAGAACGACGAUGAGCUGCGCGUGGUAGUCACAUCUCGAAAGACUCCUGUCCUCGACUUCUCCAAGCGCUACAUCAGUGACGAAAGCUACCGAGAAAUUGUUGUCGAGAACUUGAAGAAGAUCAUCCGCGAAGAUGUUUCUUCAAUGGCCCUGAAUCCAGUUUUCGGCAGUCUCUGGCGCGUCGUCUGUAACGACCGCAAGAAUGAUGCACGGGAUGGUCUUAUCCAGGAUUUCGGAGCUAGCAUUGAGAAGAUCAGCCGUCUUGAUGAGAAGGCCAAGAUGAGGGCAUGGCUCGAGGAAUCAUACAACUAUGUCGCUGAGAUCACUGCGCUCAUUGAGGACGUCCCCGAGUCCGACAAAUACCCAUGCGUCUUCCUGGAUCCAACCCAAGAUUGGACAAUGCCAAUGAAUGAACAGGAAGACGCCAAUGGAGGAGACCAUGAUCUCAAGACCUUCACGCGGGAUGAGCUUCUAGAGAUUGGGAGGUCAUGCGAUUACAAGAUCCUUCGUCGUCUUGGCAAGGUCCUUACUAGGAUGACGUAUGUAAAAGACCGUGAGUCGCUGCCUGCGCACGUUGCUGGUAUGAGCGAAGAAGAUCUCCCCCGGAUUCCCCUAGUUCUGGCCAAGUCGCAGUAUAACCGACAAUUCUGGAAGAUCCUUCUGCACACUGUAUUGCCCGGGACGAAGCUUGGUGCCCGCGCAGCGGCAUUGCUGGCCGCGCUUAGCAUCCGAAUGGGAAUGAAGCCCCUCAUCGAUGCAGCCGACUGGGAGAUGGCCGCUUGGAAGAACAACUGGAACAACUUGGAGAUCCCGGAGACCUGGAAUACUAACUGCCUUGCCUUGAUACUUGACGCUGAUAAUGAUUUCGAAGCGAGACGCCAUGCUGGCGCCGUCUCUGCAGAUCUUCCGGAAGAUGCUGCAUUGCUAAGCGACAACGAUCGGCGGCUGUUUGAGACGCUCGUAGACUACAGCAUGCUCAAGGCAAACAUUAACACCACUUUGACGGCAAAGGUUGGAUGGCGACCAGACAAGUCCAAGGUCCCAAUUGGCCCUCUCGCGAUCUGCAAGACUUGCAGGUUUCCCCGAUCAGUCACUGUCAUGGCCCCUGGAGGAGUCUGUGGGCUAUGCAUUUCACCAGCCGACGAAUUUAUACACGGUCGAACCAAGGCCCAGGCCAUCCUCUUGAAUGUCUCCAAGGAUCAGUCUGAGUCAGUCGAAGCCACGUGGGUAGAGUGCAGCACCUCUACAUGCCGCGCACAGUACAUCGUGUAUGAUGUAGAAGGCCUGAGAGUACGUCCCAAGUGCCAUUACUGUCGAGUUCAAAGCAAAAUCGCCGCUCCAUGGGUGGAAUGUAACAAGUGUCUGAACCGCAUGAUCUGGCCGGAAGAAUACCGCCCAACAGAUCGCAACGUGUCCAAGAACUUCCACUGUAUGGCAUGUGAUAGUGGCUGCGCUACUGUGGUGGAUGUAGAGACGACCCCUAAGAACUUGCGCGAAGAGAAUGGCGAUAAGUGGCUGCUGAGAAACGAGCACAAGAUUGCUAAGCCAUUGGGCGACAUGUCGCUGUUCAAGACCAUCUCAGCAGCCGGUAUCGAGGACUUUGUCACCAAGGUGGAGAUCUUGCCUGACACGGAUGCAGAGCUGCGAAUUCGUGGCAAGCUCGUACAUAACACGGCAGAGAUCAAGGCGUCCCUGAACAGUUGGAUCAAGUCCCGUCGUGUUGAAUCAGGAACUUGCAGUCUCUGCUUCUCGAACUUCAAGAAGAGGGAUCUUCGAUCUGCUUGUGGGCGCUCUGGCUGCGGGCAGAGAAUCUGCGAGAGUUGCCAGGGCUCCUGGUACGGUAUGAAUACUCGUGGCCGACUCAUUAAUAUCGCGGCUCUCUGCUGCCCCUUCUGCCGUCGAACGCCAGCCCCAGGCGCAGUACCGCGAUCCGAUGUCGUGUUCCUUGGAAAUCUGCGAGAUGCCGUAAACGAAGCCGGCACUUGGAUCUAUGGCUGGUGCAACGGCUGCGGGUUCGCGAAGCGAUUCAUGGAGCGUGUAUGCGCUCAAGGUGCGCCGGCGGAGGUCAGCCAUUGGGAUUGCGAAGCUUGUAUAGAAAACAAGGCAGCCUCGAGUUCAGAUGCCGAACGGCGGGCGAACACACGCCACUGUCCGAGCUGCGACGUGGCCACGCAGAAGCUCAGCGGUUGUGACCACAUCGAGUGCGCCUGCGGGGCCCAUUGGUGUUUCUUCUGUGGCAAAGCCUGUGAACUGGAUGAUAUUUACGAACACAUGCAGGACGAACACGGCGGCUUCUACGGUGUACUUGGUGUCGAGGAAGAGGAUGGAGGAGAUGGAGACUACUAG